GGAAGUUAGUUUUAUAAUAAGAUAAGAUUAGUCAAGGAAGAAUAAGAUGUCUAAAAGUGCCACUGCAGCCUCCCGAGAGUAUAAAGAAAAGUCAAAAAACCUCAGCCAUAUUUACAUGCUGAGUGACACGGACUCGGACUCUAGCACGGGGUCUGAAACUGACCCUGAAGACUCAGAUAGUGAACCUGUGUCAGAAAUAGAACCAACCAAACAGACGGAGACUGCCGAUACCGCUCUAGAAAAUAUAGAGAACGGCGAAGCUCCACAUUCGGAUGUGUCUAAAGUGGCGUUCCGAAGUACUGCUCACACCCAACCAAAAACCGAAGGAGAUCUCUACAUUCACUCUGUAUUGGAAUGUGAGAGUGAGGUGAUGACGUGCCAGUUCAACAACGAAGGGACUCUGUUGGCUGUUGGCCUGAGCAAUGGGACCAUAAAGCUCUAUAGCAUGGACAAUGGGAAUUUUGUACAGACACUGAGAGAUAGCGGCAGCAUUCUAUCCUCUUUACCAGUCACUGCACUGCGAUUCACUCUGAGCUCCUGGUCCCACUGUCUGCUGCUGGCCACCUACGCCAGUGGCUAUGUCAGGUGCUGGUACGUGUGGGGCGGAGAGUGUGUAUGGGUGGUGAGAGAGGUGGGGCAGUCCAGAGGUGGAGAGAGAGGAGGUGGACAUAGACAGACUCUCUCUAUGUCCAUCUCACCCUCUGGAGAGAAAGCUGCAACAGCAGGCUCUGACUCAGCCAUUCAUCUGUAUGACCUCUCCACUCACCAGAGACUGAUGACUUGCAGGGCCAGCUCAACAAGAACAGUUAUGGAUGGACAUUGUUUUCGGGUUUUUGCAGUGACUUUUCACCCUGAGAAGGAAAGAGAAUUCAUUUCUGGUGGAUGGGACAACACUAUACAGUUUUGGGACACCAGACAGCAGCACUCUGUCAGGAUGCUUGCGGGUCCUCACGUUUGUGGCGACAGCCUGCAGAUCGACCCAGCUGCCAAUCACAUCCUAUCUGGCUCAUGGAGGAAGGACAACCCUCUGGAGAUCUGGGAUUAUGGCUCAGGUCAUAAAGUGACUGAUGUUCCUCAUGACUCACAAGGAGAUAGCAAAAUUUACACAUGCCAUUGGCUUGACCAGGAUCACAUAGUGGCAGCUGGAAGCCAAUUAAAUAUGCUGAGAGUCAUUAACCGAUGGACUAUGAUGACUGAAUCCAGGUUACUGGGUCUUUCCUCUGCCGUGUUCAGCUCAUCGCCGUCUCCAGCUGGGAAGUGGAGGGGCCUGAUUGCAGCCACUUCUGGGACUACAGUGUAUCUUCUCCAGCGUGGCACUUGCAACAUUCCAAAAAGAAGGGAGCCUGAGAAGAAACCAUGUAACAAUUAAUGGCAUUGUUAGUUUUUUUUCACUGUUGGUUUUUUCGAGGAGUGUGACUAAAAGAGCAUGUAACAUUUGUGGGUAAAUAAUAAUAAGCAUAACGUCCUAAUAAUGAGCAUAAUUAUUAGCAACAGCAUUCUCUCAGUUGUCCACUAAACUUGCUGUGAAUGCUCCGUUCAUUAAGUUAUGUUAAGAUACAGAAACGUCCGUUAGUGUUUCAUAAGAGGAUAAGCAGUGUUGUGUACAGCUCUUUUCCACACCAACUGUGUUGGCAAGAAUCCAAGUUUUUUGAAACACGUGGGUGCAUUAUUAGUCGAUAAGAAAAAGAACAGUGGCAUUACAAAGCAGCCAUAAUUUGAAAGAUAAAUACUAGUGAAAUUAAACUAAUCAUAGGUGAAACGGGUUGCUGUCUUUUUUUUUUAUUGUAACGUUUCAAUCCUUACACAUUUGUUAGUAAAUUUCCAAAUAGAUAUCUCGCAAACGGAUUUGGAACAUUUACAUUUCACUGUUCCUUCCCCAUCCAGAUCCAGUGGAAGAUAAUAUUGUUGCUUUAAAGAAAAAAAAGACUGGAAUUCAGGGGGGCCUGGGGCGUUCCAUAAAAGGGACUUCAGUAGAGGAAGUCAGUUUUGCUGACAUAAGGAGAGUGUGCUCACAGCAUUGCAGAAAGUAGCCGGAGCUGAUAAAACAUUUUGGACCUACCGAAACACUUGAGGAUUGAAGGGAUAUAACAG